AUGAUUAACUCACAAUUAAAAAUAGAAGUUGAAAGAAAUAGGUUAGUAUUAAGAAGUUUAAUAGGAUGUGUCCUUUAUUGUGUUAGACACGAUAUUGGUUUGAGAGGACACAAAGAUACUUCCCAAAUCAUAAAUAAUUAUAGUGAUCCACAUGAGAAUAUUGAUAAUGAAACAGGAAAUAAUGGGAAUUUCUUAGAGCUUGUAAAAUUACUAAGUUUUGAAAAUGAAACAUUUUGUUCAGCUUACGAAGCUUUGCCGAAAAAUGCUAAAUAUACAGGUAAAAUAAUACAAAAUGAUAUGUUAAGAGCAGCAUCAAUAGUGGUGGCUGAAUAUAUUUUAAAAGAAGUCAAUGAAGGAAGCAAAGUUUAUGGAUUAAUUGUUGAUGAAGCCCGUGAUGAAUCAAAACGAGAACAAAUGAGAUUUGUUGAGCUUAAAGAAUUAAGUGCUAAUGUAUUGAGCUCUGAAAUCAAGUUAUUUUUAAAUUACUUUGGAUUAGAUAUAAGUAACUGUGUAAGUCAAUCAUAUGAUGGAGCAUCAGUCAUGCCAGGACAGUUCAAUGGAGUACAAAAAAAAAUUAAAGAUAUGUCAGGAAAUCUGUGUCCAUAUGUACACUGUCAUGCACAUAGGUUAAACUUAGUUUUAGUCGAUGUUUCAAGAAAAGUGGAAGAUUUGCAUGAAGUAAUAGGUAUUUUAGAGGCAAUAUACGCAUUUCAAUCAUCAUCAACUAUAAGGCAUCAAAUAUUUUUUAUUAAAACUGGAGAAAAAAUACCUAUGCACUCUAAUACACGCUGGGUGUCAAAAUUUAAAAGUAUUCGCUACUUUGGGACUGUUUUAUUGGCAUUAAAAGAAUUAUCAAAAAGUGUGAAAUCUAAAGAAGCUGCUGAAGCAAAAGGUCUACUGGUGCAGUUAAAAUCUUUUAAAAUUAUUGUAUUAAUUUUUUGUUUAGAUUAUGUUCUGUCAAUAGUAAAUACUCUAUCACUAAGCUUACAAUCAGCAUCUUUAGAUUAUAGUUGUUGUGAAAAAUUAAUCAAGUCAACCGCAGAACAAUUAAACAAUUUAAGGACAAAAGAAAUGUUUACUGACAUUUACAAUGAAGCUAUUACAUUAGCAAUUUCCACUGGAUUAUUUCAGACUGCUGAUCAACAUCUUAUAAGAAACCAAAAAUGUUCAUCAUUACUUAAUGACUACAUAACUUAUUCAACAGUUGGAAACAGCAAAAGAGAAAAUCAAAACUUAGAUUAUAAAGAAAGAGAACAAGAAUUAAAAGUUAUUUUUUUCAACAUUUUAGACUGCAUGAACAAUGAAAUGAUAUUUAGAUUUACAGAAAAUAAUAAAAUACUACGAAAUAUACAUGCAUUAGAAGUAUUAAAAAAUCAGUGCUUAAUUGGGAAAUCUUUGUUUUUGGAAGCUUCAACAUUGUUUGAUGUACAUCAACAAAUAAGUAAUUAUGGCGAAGCUUUCACUAACUUGAGAAAAGUAGUUGAAUUAUAUAUGGUAAUUCCUGUAUCCUCAACUAGUGCUGAACGAAGUUUUUCUACAAUGCGGCAUAUUAAGACUUACUUGAGAGCUACAAUGCAAAAUCCUAGGUUGAGUAACCUUGCUUUAUUAUCUAUAGAUAAAGAGAAUUCGGAAAAAUUGUUAAAAGACCCAAUUCCUGCUCUUGAUAUGUUUGCAAAAAUAAAACAUAGAAGAUUACAAUUUCAGAUAUAG